GAUUGCUCGGGCAUCUGACACGAAUGAAUGAAUGAAUGAAAUUAUUAUUAUUAUUGUUUUCCCGAUUGAAGGGCCGCCUAAUCAGUUAUCUAGACUCCACCACCAAAUCGCAUAAAUGAAAGGGUCAAGAAAGAACGGCUCAGAAGAAGAAGAAGAAGAAGAGAAGAAGUAGAUGGAUGGACAAUCGUCGUUCGUUUGUUGUAUUUGACUGCUCCAAAGAAACUACAGAUUUGACAUCUGACUUGUAGAGGAGACAUCUUUUCGCCACGUUGACCUCAUUCAUCUUCCAUACUAAUCAUACAUACAGACUCCGACUCUACAGAGACCUAAUUUCUCUCGAUCCUCGAUGAAUAGAUGCAUAUACAGUUACGGUUCUGUUUCCACCUAUUCAGAUCUUAACAACAAAUUGACAGAUCGAUGUUGUAAUCUUGAUGAUGCUGCAUCAAUAUAUUAUGAUGCUAAUUCCUCCGCUAUUCAGGCUAGUACUAGUACCAGUAGUAAUAGUAGUAUGUGGAAGAAUCCCAGCUCCAACUUAUCCCCAAAAGGAAAUAUCUCUUCUUCCAUACUCGGGUACAUAAAUCACGUACUAAUGGAGGACGAUUUCGAUUUCGAUUUGGAUUUGGAUUUGGCUUUGGAGGAUGAUAAAGCCUGCCCAAUCCAGGAUGCCACCACUCUCAAUGCAGCCGAGCAGUCCUUCUACGACGUGCUCCACGAUCAUCAACCUUUCUGGUCUCAGGACACUUUUUACGGUCAAAACAGCACCUCUUUCGAAACCAGCACACUUACUGAUAUCAAUUCGUAUCAAUCCUCUCACGCGUGGCUUCUUCCUCAUGAAGAUUAUGGAAUGCCUGAAUUUCAUGCCGGCAUGCUUUCCAGUAGCGAUUCCUUUUCGCCGCCGGCAGGAUUAGCAGAGGGGGGUGAUCAGGAAGUUGAAGAAGUUCUUACAAAGGGCAAUAAUAUGAACGGAUUAGUUAAUUAUGUAGCGAAUGGAGAAGCUUUAGAGGUAGAAAUCAACUCUUAUAGGGAGAAACGAGUAUUAUCCUCCCCAGAAAGUUUUCCAAUGAUUCGCAAAGCUCUGGAACGAGGAGAGUGGGAUGGAGGAGUAGAAGAUGGAAGGAGGAGGAAUAAGCAAUUGGCGGCUGAUGCUUCUGUUCCCGAGAUGUUUGUGGUGAAUGAAAUGUUUGACAAGGUGCUAAACUUAUGGGGUGGGAAUAAUGAUUAUGCAUCAAUGAAUGAGAAAGGAAAGGAAGAUGCCCUGAAGACAAUUUACAGCAGAAAAGGAUCCAGCAAAAGGGAGGCUGUUGAUACAAGGGGUCUAUUGAUUAAUUGCAUACAGUUUAUUGCUUGUAAUGAUCAGAAUAAUGCUGCUAAACUUCUUAAACAGAUAAGACUGCGGUCAUCUUUGACAGGGGAUGGAACCCAAAGAUUGGCUCAUUAUUUUGCCAACGCCUUAGAGGCACGUUUGGCCAAUUCUGGUUUUCCAGGAUACAAAGACGUGGUUGAGAAGGAGAAGACAUUUUCGGAUACAUCAGUUUUAAAAGCUCUGGAGUUAUUUCUCUCGAAAUUUCCUUUUGUUGUGACAUCAUACCUCUUUGCAAGCGAUAUGAUUAUGGGUGUGGCCGAUAAAGCAAACACUAUUCACAUUCUCCACUUUGGGAUUGUGCAUGGCCUUCAAUGGUUUCCCUUUAUCGAGAGGCUUUCAGCAAGAGCUGGUGGUCCUCCAAAACUUCGGAUAACUGGAAUAGACAUUCCUCAAGCAGGUUUUCGACCAGCUGCAAGGAUAGAAGAAACAGGACGCCGCUUAGAAAGUUAUUGCAAAAAGUUUGGAGUUCCAUUCGAGUACAAUGCAAUCGCAGCCAAAUGGGAAAACAUAACUGUCGUUGGUCUCAAACUUAAAGAAGACGAGGUUGUGAUUGUCAAUUGUUUGUACCAGUUUAUGUACUUACAGGAUGGGACAGUUUCCAAAGAAAGUCCUAGGGAUGCAGUGCUGAAGUUAAUCAGAGGGAUAAAACCUGAUAUUUUUAUCCAUGGAGUUCUUAAUGGGAACUUCAGUUCCCCUUUCUUUGCUUCACGUGCCCGUGAGGCACUUUUCCAUUUCCUGUCGUUUUUCAAUAUGUAUGAUGCUGUUGUGGAUCGCGACAAUAAGGAGAGGAUGGUAUUAGAGAGGGAACUUUUGGGUAAAGAAAUACUCAAUGUCAUAGCUUGUGAAGGAUUAGAGAGGAUAGAAAGGCCAGAACCAUAUAAGCAAUGGGAAACUCGAACUUUGAGGGCUGGUUUUGCAAAGGUUCCUUUAGGUAAAAAGACUGUCGAGAAAUUGAAAUCAAAGGUAACGACAACUUAUCACAAGGAUUUUUUUAUUGAAGUAGCCAAUCAAUGGGUUUUACAGGGUUGGAAGGGACGGCAGCUGUUUGCACUUUCUUGUUGGAAACCUGCGUAGAUUGUGUAUUUGCGUUUAGGUUUUAGCGACUAUAUUGUAUAAUUACCUUUCACUUUUUAUGAAGUGCUACACCUACUAAACUUAUUAGGUAUUUAAAUAUGUAUACCAUAGCCAGGAUAAUGACUCAUGACAUUUCAGCUUCACUUUCUUGAAAACUAUUGAUUGAUGUUAAGCUGAUAUUAUACUUGUUAAGUUUUAAUGAAGUCCAUGGUUGUUUAA